AUGACAAGGGUGGGAGCUGUGGCCACCAAAAAGGAAAUAAUAUAUGAGAGUCGGUUUGCAUUUUAUAUUCCUACCGCUGCCGUGGCUUCUCAGCUAAAUACGAAAGCUUCUCACGUUUUUUUGGAAAGCUUGAAUCAGUACCACACCUUGUCUGGCACUUCACGAGCUUUUUUAAUACGACUCGUUGAUUUUAAAUACGCAUCAACUUUCCUCGAUCAGUUGGCGUCAUUAGAAGCUCUGUUUGUAGUUGUGGUGCCUGUAGUGGAGAGCCAUUCUUACUGGGGUGUCCUACGACAGUAUCAAAGCCAGUUUGCAUACGUUUUGCAACCAAAACUUAGGCUAUCGGCAGAUUGGGUGAAAAGGUACAAAAGCUUGACGUAUAUUGCCAUUCUCAUCUUAAAUGAUUUCGAUGAGGACUUGGCCGUAAAGGCAACUCAGCCUGAUUUAAUCGUAUAUUCUGAGGAUAGUGACAACAAUUUGGUAAGUCGAGCACAUUCGUAUGCAAAAUCCAUAACAGAGAAGAUCGCAAAUGCCAAAUUCAUUAAUCAUUUCAUAGAUCCUUUGCAACCAUUGACGCAACAAAUGCCUUUAGAAGUCUACGAAACCUUUGAAAAGGAUCAACCAAAGUACAAGGCAUACGAAGAGGCUAUUGAUUUAGCUCUUCAUGAUCUUUUGAUUCAAAGAAAGAGAAAAUUGAGGGUUCUUGUCGUGGGUCCGGGUCGUGGGCCACUUCUUGCGACUGCCGCUAAGCGCUUGCAGCAAAUUGAACUCACUGCUGUCGAGAAAAAUCCUCUUUGCAUCUCACAGUUACAAGAACUAAACCGAACUUCAUGGGAUAGCAAGGUGACAAUAUAUGAAGGUGAUAUUCGCAUUCUUGCAGCUUCUCUAGGAGACUUCGAUUUGGUCAUUUCCGAAUUGAUUGGGUCCUUCGGGUGUAAUGAGGCUUGCCCUGAAAUUCUUCAGGCUCUCGCUAAACCCAACACAGUCAUGAUCCCACAGACUAUUCAAAGCUUUAUAACACCAGCUUUUUGCAGUUUGGUGGAAGGAAAUAUCACCAGACCGUAUUUGUUGAACUCAGAUGAGUGUUUUCCCGUCGCUGAAACGCAGCAGGUCUUUGAGUUCAGCUUUCCAAACAACGCAAAAUUUGAUCAAAGCUUCCAGCAUACCUUUGCGCUUAAUUCUCUUGAUGUUAGCAAUACACUUGUGGGUAAUUUUAAAGCAAACUUGUAUGGACACAUCAGCAUUGGCAGUACAUCGUCUGAUUCGACUACGUUUGUUUGUUCCUCGUGGUAUCCCAUGAUAUUCCCAAUCCAAACUGUCGAGACAAAAAUCGAGCUUCUUUUUAGAAGGAUAAGUCUGCAUGAUCGGCUUUGGUACGAAUGGACUGUUAACGGAUCAAAGAUGAACGCACAGGGUGUAGAAUACUCCAUUCCUCUCUCAUGA